AUGCUGCGGCAGUGCACGGCGAGGCUGAGAAGAACAAGAGAACGAAAAGCUGCGGUAAUGGGUUCCUCCAAAGUCUCCCCAGAUAGCGAUGAGACGGACCCGCUUUCCCCAGAGUCCCGCCCUGAGCAACACUCUGAUUCUGAGCCGUCUCCGGCAGAUCAAGUAGACAACGACAGAAAAACAGAAACUAGUAAAGUUGACGUACAGCGAACCACUUACACUUGUAGUUGCGCAUCAUCAGGUUUCUCGUAUACGGCUAGUGCUACGGUGGAGCCAGUACUUCAUCUAAAUCGGGUUGAAGAUGCGGCUCGAGUUGCCGGAGGAGCUGAGGCCCCUGCUCUGGAAGAUCCACCAACCGUUGCAGUAGAAGAACGGGGUCAAGACCAAGAACAAGUAGCACAUGAUGAGCGGAAAGGCACGAUUGUACAACUGGCACCACGACGAGAAGGCACUAUCGUCGCGACUUUCAUUAAGAAGCCUUCGGAUCCGUUGGUCAAUAUUUUGCGCGUGAUGAAUACGUUGACCAGAGUAAGCGAGGGCAACAUGCCAGUAGUUGGGUCUUUUUCAUCGCGGCACCAGAUGGUCGUGGACGGCUACAAGAACAAUGGACAACGAGGACAACAACCGCGCGACGGGUUGUUCCAGCGAAAGGAACGCGAUGCCCGCUUCACUGAGUUGUGGAAAGUCAUCUCAAAGGAGCGUGACCGAUUACACCAGUCGCUGCAAGAACAAGGAGCAUCAUCAUCGACGUCAACUUGUCGUCGCCGUCUUGCACACGCUAACCAGAAAUCGUUGUUGAAUCAAGUGGAAGAUUUCUGCGUUUUCAAGCUGAACGAGAUGCAAGACCUUGGUCGAGCAGAGCAGGGCGGUGCUAGGGACGCUUCUUGUACUAGGGGGUAUCGCGGUGGCUCAGCUAGUGCUAGUCCUACUACUUCACAACUGUCUUCAUCUACUCGAAGUGGAGGCAUGGGCAUCAAGAAGAUCAAGACUGGCCGUACUUCACGUGGACAACUUUGUGCGCCGAUCACGGAAGAGACGAUGAAAAAAUGUCUAGCCGAAAAGCUCGGAGAGGGGACGCGUUGGUCUUUUUUCUUCGAAAAGCUGCAAGCGGCACUGAGGCGUCCGACGGAUAACGGCAAUCCAGUGAACGUUCUCGGACUCUCUUCCGAGAUGCGACAUCGUUUCCCAAGAAGGUUUGAGGGGACUGACGAUAGCGGACAGCACUUCCGAAGAACUCGAGACUACUGGCGAAAAAUGAG